GGGACAAACAACACGGUUAAAACAAUUUCGCCUUGUCCAGUGAAGUGAUUAACGACGAAAUGGCGGAUGGAGACGUGUCUGUCCAUGCUUUAGGGGAAGAAUUGUGUCCAACAGACGGCGAAGGAGAGAAGUACAUUGAAAAAUGUGUACAGGAUCUAGAGGGAGCGCCCGGCUCUGCUCGCGGAGAAGUAUCAGAAGAGAUGCCGGACUGUGUAGUGUCUCCGACAGAGACUCAAGCUCCAGACGGGGGCUGGGGUUGGAUGUGUGUUUUUGGAUGUUUUAUCGUGAGCAUUCUUGGAGCUGGCAUGGACAGGACGUUUGGAGUAAUCUACCUUAUUCUGAUUGAUAUGUUUGGUUCUAGUGCCAAAUUGACGGGAGGGAUUUUGUCAGUAUUUUCUGCGUGUCGUUUGUGCCUAGGUCCAGUAAGCAGUUCCCUGGCCAAUCUGUUCACAGCCCGGAAGGUGGUAAUAAGCGGUGGUUUAUUAAGCAGUCUGGGACUGAUACUUAGUGCCUUCCCACCGAAUAUCUACUACCUGUUCUUUACCUUUGGACUAGUUGCAGGAUUUGGGGCUGCUCUUUGCGGUACUCCGAGCAUAGUGAUUGUAGGGCAGUACUUCCAUAAAAAGCGUGCACUUGCCAACAGUAUUGCCACCGUGGGUGCUGGGAUAGGUUCUCUGAUAUUACCGCCGUUCCUCACUUAUCUGGUAUAUCUCUUCGACUACAGUGGCCAGAUGCUCAUAAUGGGGGCUAUUAUGCUGAACCAGGUGGUUAGCGGUGCCCUCUAUAGACCUCUUGCUCCCAGGAGAAACCAUGACCGACAGGUUCGUUCUACAACGAAAAGCGCUGUUAAAGAACACAAUGAAUUUGAGGAGAAUAUUAUUUUUGUGGAAAAAUGCAUGGAUGAUUCUCAAAUAAUUGAUAUAACGACAGCUGAUAACUUGGAAGUAAAACAAACUUUUACGGAAAGGAAAACAUCAUCAGCGGUAAGAGGAUCAACUGAAUGCCAUAAAUUACGGCCCGAUACCUUUCCAGAGAGUAUACAACAGGAAAAGUGUUCACAAACAUUUGGAAAUCCUGUCAAGAGAAGCACAGUAGUGAGGAGAAAUGCAGUACUCCAUGAACUACGCGCAUAUGGCAAUCUUUUAAAAGAUGCUCGUUUUCUGACCUUUGGGUUGAACUGGACAUGUCUGGGAAUGGGUCCUCCAACAGGUCUUAUGUUCCUUGGUGCAAUAGCCGAAGAGCACGGUGUACCACGAAGCCAGUCGCCAUUUCUCUAUUCCAUACUGAGUAUAUUUGACAUUGCGGCCAGGAUAAUGGUAGCUCUUCUGUGUGACCGCACGUGGCUAAGAUGGCGGCGGCAUCAUGUGUACAACAUGGGUUUUGUGGUUUUGGGCGUUGUUCUAUGUAUUGUUCCAGAAGGAAGAACGUUUCUCCAAUUUUCUGCGUGUGCAUCGUUCAUUGGCAUGUUUCAAGGGACUAUCAUGUCAUUGAGCUAUACUGUGAUAGCUGAUGUUUUGGGACCAGAAAUGUUGAAACAUACCUAUGGGUUAAGUGUCUUAUUUUAUAGUGUUGGCACUUUAUUGGCACCAUCAACGGCUGGAUUACUAAAGGACGAGUAUGGGACCUACCGCUACCCAUUUUAUUUCGCAGGAUGGUGGUGCUUCGCUGGAGCUGGGUUCUUUCUUUUGAACACCUAUCUCAACAGGAAAACAAAAGCCAAGAGGGAAAAAGAAACUUUAAGAAAUUAAGAAAUUAUCAUUCUAAUGUGCUGCACACUUCUGGAAAUAUCAACGGGUUUGUCACUUUGACUCUGCUCUUCUACAUAGUAAUUGCUUAGCAGGGAAAUCAAUAAUAAUAUAAUUUACAUCAGAGAUUCAAUUAGAAUUAUAGAUGAGUUUUGGUUUUGUUCCUGUGUAAGUUGUAAUCCUUGACCAACAGCUGGAGGACAGAAAAGAGACCAUAACAAGCACAUAGUGAUAAGCUGCCAGAAUGCCAGGCAGGCCACAAUACAAAAGUAAAAUGAUGCACAUGGAACCAGUUUAUUGAAAGACAAGGUUAUAUUAUUAUAUCUUAUUGUACAAAUAUUGACUCUGGCUUCGGAAGUGAAUUAUCCAAGCUUCAGGUCGAUAAGUCGCCGAGAUGACCAAAUUAGAGAAAAAGGAAUUAGACAACAUUCUUCACCAAGAGUGUAUAUAGCUAUCUAAGCAUUUGAUCAAUUAAUUGGAGUAGUGUUUUUUAAUGGACAGGUGAGAUAAUAAGGUAUUACUUGACUCUUAUUCAAUGCCUCCCAUUGCAGCAUAUUGUGAUCGGCCAUCAUAUGCAUGGACCUAUACAAUGGGGAUUUGUCUGCUAACAGACACGGCUUUAGCAUUUCAUACUAGAAGUCAAUAAGGUGUCUAGAUCUUGUGUAAAAGGCCCAUAAUAAUAACAGUUGAAAACCGUUAAUAACCCUGAAUAUUAAGAAGGGUUGGAUGGGAC